UUUACCAUGUAAGCAUAUGUCGCAUACACUGAGCUACUUUUUGUGUGUUGCUGUUCUUUACAUUGGAUUUAAAACCUCGAUCUUUCAACAGUUUAACAGCUCUGGCCAAAAUGGCCGAAAUGUAGAAAACUGCAUAGCUAACUGCGAAGUGCGUAGCUAAAUUAUUUUGAUAUAUACAGACUUUGACUACUACGACGGCGUUUUAGUGCCUCGUUAAAAAAAAAAAAAAAUCUAUUAUAUAAUAUUAUCACUAUUAUUAAUUAAUUUUUUUAUAGUUAUAGUUUAUGGGUCACACUACAUGCCAUGGCCUGUGUGAGGACCAAACCAAAUCUCCAGGUUCUCGUAUGAGAACCAGGCUGAAAAACUUAUGUGCACCCCUGUAUAUAGACAACAUACAAGGGUAAUUGUUACUAAGCCUGCCCUGGGUACAGCAAUUUUUUUGUCCGUUGCCCUCACAGGUUCCUGCAGCUAAGCUUGGGUGUACAUUUACAUUCCUAUAAAGGUUAAUGAUGACAUUCCUCUGAAGUUUGACUUUUUGCACCAUUACAAUACUUAUAGGCAACUAGUCAUCAUAUCUUCCGCUCCAUGAAACACGUUAAUGCUCAGUAGUACACAUAUAUGGUUCUUUAAUGUAUUUGCAUUGUACUAAAAUGCGUUCAUUUUUAAUGGGCAUAUGCGGCUGAAACAGGUAGCCUAGUGCAACCCAAAUUUUUCAACAUUAACAUUUUAAUAUAACAUUAUAGUCAUUAUGGCCUUUAGAAAAAUGUUUUUUUGAGGAGGUGGGGUAGUGCACAAUAGGCCCCUGUGGCGCGGCCUAAGCUUUUGUCCUUAAUGGCAUUUUUUUUCCUUACAUUACUUUUACUUUUAUACUUUAAGUAGUUUUGAAGCCAGUACUUUUACACUUUUACUUGAGUAAAAAGCUUGAGUUGAUACUUCAACUUCUACAGAAGUCUUUUUAAACCCUAGUAUCUAUACUUCUACCUGAGUAAUGAAUGUGAAUACUUUUGACACCAGUGUUCGUGGUUAUCAUAGCAUCCCAUAGGCAAAUGCAGGGGCGUAGCCAUCAUUUCAGAAGAAUGAAUAUAUAUAUAUAUAUAUAUAUUAGGGAUGGGUAUCGUUAAGGUAUUAACGGUAUUACUAGUCUUACUGAUACUGCUUAUCGAUCCAGUACUUUAACGGUAUUCUUAUCGGUACUUUUUGAUAUAUAUAUAUAUAUAUAUAUAUGAAUGAAUGAAUGAAUGAAUGAGACAGAUUAGGAGCUGGAUUAACAUUGCUUUAUAUUCUGAAAAGUAAAAUAAAUAUUUAAAUAAAUUAAUAUAAAACAUCAAUUUGUAAAUGCACCAGUGUGCAGGCAUUUUUAGUGUUUUAUAUACAUAAGAUACAGUAAGAACAUGAACAAAGAAACAAAGUAAAACAAACCAACAAAUACAAUAAAACAAAUAUACAAAUGAAAUGAAAUAAACAGUGCUUUCAUUUUUCCAUGAAGGUCUACUAACAUUAAUGUUCAGGUAAGUAAAAGCUACAAAAGAAAUCUAAAAGUAAUCAAACGUAAAACAAAAAAAUUAAAAUGUAAAAUAACACUGUAUAAUUUUCACUGUAUGUAUUGAUAGAUUAAUGCUUAUUAAAGCUAUAACGUUAUUCAGAUUAAGAGCUGUGGGUGAUUUUCUCUUUGCAUUUUGUUAUUUAACAUUGAUGGCCCAAGCACCAGUCUGUCACUUUAAGACAAAAUAUUGACACGCAUCGGAUUUUCUCCCAACUGAUCUCGUCCACUUAAGACAUAAACUGUGUUUAAGUGAAUACUCGUAGCUGGCCAUUUUACAUUUUGUGUGCAUUUGAUCGUUUGGAUGCGCCUGAAGCUCAAAGUGUAAUCUGCUUGUCCGUUUUGGAGCGCGGCGCGUACACACAUUUCAUCCUGGGGAACAGCGUCUCUCGCGCUGAUUGUGCUUUCAACGUUUUAUUAUCAAACAUGUCCCGCAAUGUAGCAGCAGUAAAGACAGCAUUUUACAAUAAUCACCGAUUGAGCUGAUUCUGACGUUAAGUUUUGGUUAGGGAGGAACGAAUGCGCACCGCUGUAAAGGGAAGGAAGUUGUGCUAGAAGAAACGCGGCUAUAAUACUUAGAAGCCAAAAUCGAAAUAAAAAAAUAAAAUAAACUAAGCUUAAUAUAACAGCCACAGGCCUAAAGCAUAAGCAGAUGUUUGAAUUGUUAGUUCUCUCUUCUAUCAUAAUUAAACAGGGCUUUCAUGUUGCACGUGCUGAAACUCCUCCGCGUAAGCGCGUUCUCGUUUCUGAAUUGCGAAUAGCAAAAAUGUAUCAUAGACAGAUGUUUGAAUAUUAUUGCACAUAAAAACAGCUGGCAACUCUGGUGAAAUAUAAUUUGCAAAAUAAUGUGUAUAUAUAGUAACAAUAAAUGUAUGUGUGUUUUCUUGAUUUCUCCAGUACCGACAGCAGAACCGAUAACGUCAGAGUUUAUCGAUACUCCGGUCUUUCAUAAUUUAGCCCCGAGACCGAUUUAAUACCGGGUUUCGGUACCCAUCCCUAUAUAUAAUAGUAGUAUAUAGUAAUAUAUACUGUAAAGAAUAAUAUGAAAAGUUCACCCAAAAAUGUGCUGUUUAUUUACUCACACUCAGGCCAUCCAAGAUGUACGUGAUUUUGUUCCCAAAAUCAAUUAGUUAGACAAAUAGACAGAUAAAAACAAACAUUUAUCAGUAGCUUUGGAUAUUUACUUUAUUUUGUCUUUUCAGCUGUUUUUUUUUUUUUUUAUAUUUUCAUCAUCUUUUUUGAAUCGUGAAAGGCCAACUAGUCUCUCGAUCACCAUUGUUGUUGAGAAAUGAGAGUAGGAAAUUAGCCUCUGCGAAGAAAGAGAAGAUCUAACAUGAGUUCUCCAUCUCCUGAAUUAAGCUGUGAUCAGCCAAUGAAGAAUGAUGAAGCAGGGACCUCUGAGCCCAGGAGGAAAAGACAGAGAUCAGAGUCUACAAAACCCAGCAGUGUGUCAAUGAAGAGCAGUAGAUCCUUGAUGCAGCCCCCUGUAUUCAGUGGUGGAACAGUGACCUCUGACCCCAGUAUCAGGAGGAGGAAGAGACAGAGAUCAGAGUCUCCAGAACCCAGCAGUGUGUCUCUGAAGAGUAACAGGUCCUUGAUGCAACCCCUAUUCAGUGAUGGAACAGUGACCUCUGACACUUGGUUAAGACACACACUCGAGACUGUAGAUCUGCAGAGAGUUAAAGACCAGCACAAAACCAGCAUGAAGAACAAGUAUGAGAGAUUAUUUGAGGGAAUGAAACUCCAAGAGAAUGAAACCCUCCUGAACAGGAUCUACACACAGCUCUACAUCAUAGAGGGAGAGAGUGAAGGAGUGAAUGAAGAACAUGAGGUUUUACAGAUGGAGAAAACAGCCAGAACACAACACUCACAAGAGACUCUGAUCUACUGCAAUGACAUCUUUAAAGCAUCACCUGAACCACGAUGUGAGGAGAAAGACCAGAUCAAGACUGUUCUUACUAAAGGCAUCGCUGGAAUCGGAAAAACCGUCUCUGUGCAGAAGUUCAUUCUGGACUGGGCCGAGGGAAAAGCCAAUCAGGAUGUAGAUUUCAUGUUUGUUCUUCCAUUUCGAGAGGUGAACCUGAUCCGAGAUCAUCAGUACAGUCUUCACAGACUUCUGCUGGACUUUCAUCCUGAACUUCAAGAUCUGGACUCAAAGAUUUAUGAGGAGUGUAAAGUUGUGUUCAUCUUUGAUGGUCUGGAUGAAAGCAGAAUCACACUGAUGUUUUCAGAUGAUCAGAAAGUUUGUGAUGUGACUGAGACUUCAUCAGUGGGUGUGUUGAUGUCAAAGCUCAUGAAAGGAGAGCUGCUUCCCUCUGCUCUCAUCUGGAUCACCUCCAGACCAGCAGCAGCCAAUCAGAUCCCCUCCAAAUACAUCAACCGUCUGACAGAAAUUCAGGGAUUCACUGAGCCUCAGAAGGAGGAAUAUUUCAGGAAGAGAAUCAGUGACCAGAAUCAAGCCAGCAGAAUCAUCUCACACAUCAGAAGAGCAAGAAGCCUCCACAUCAUGUGCCACAUCCCCGUCUUCUGCUGGAUAUCAUCCAUUGUGCUUCAGAAGCUCCUGGAAGAAGAUCUGAGUGCAGAAAUCCCUCAAACUCUGACUGAAAUGUACAUCCACUUCCUGCUGAUUCAGAUCAACAUGAGGAACCAGAAGUAUGAAGAGAGAGAUCCAGAGAAACUCCUGCAGUCCAACAGAGAAGUGAUUGUGAAACUUGCUGAAGUGGCUUUCAAACAGCUGAUGAAGGGCAAUGUGAUGUUCUAUGAGGAGGACCUGAUUGAGAGCGGCAUAGACGUCACUGCUGCCUCAGUGUAUUCUGGGAUUUGCACUGAGAUCUUUAAAGAGGAAUCUGUGAUUCAUCAGAGGAAAGUCUACAGCUUCAUUCAUCUGAGCAUUCAGGAGUUUCUCGCUGCCUUCCAUGUGUUUUACUGCUAUUUAAGCAACACUAUGGAGACUCUUAAGGUUAUUGUUUCAAUGCAUAAUCUGCAUAGAGAUGCAGUAGAUAAAGCCGUUGAGAGUGAGAAUGGACACCUGGAUCUGUUCCUGCGGUUCCUGCUGGGCGUCUCACUGGAGUCCAAUCAGAGACUCUUACAGGAUCUACUGACACACACAGAGAACAGCUCAGAGAGCAUCAGGAGAACCACACAGUACAUUAAAGAGAAGAUCAAAGAUGGACAUGUACUCUCCAUUGAAAGAUCCAUCAAUCUGUUCCUCUGUCUGCUGGAAGUGAAAGAUCAGACUCUGUCCAGAGAGAUUCAGGAGUUUGUGAAAUCAGACAAACACUCAGAGAAGAAACUCUCUCCUGCUCACUGCUCAACAAUCACCUACAUGCUUCAGAUGUCAGAGGAGGUGCUGGAUGAGCUGGAUCCCAUGAAAUACAACACAUCAGAUGAGGGCAGAAGAAGACUCAUACCAGCUGUGAUCAACUGCAGAAAAGCCCUUCUUGCUGGCUGUAAUCUCACUGCUCAGGAUUGUGAAAUUGUAUCAUCAGCUCUACAAUCUUCAAACUCUGUUCUGAGAGAGCUGGAUCUGAGUAACAAUGACCUGCAGGAUUCAGGAGUGAAGAUUAUUUCUGAUGGACUGAAGAGUCCAAACUGUCAGCUGGAGAUACUGAGGUUGUCAGGCUGUAUGGUGACAGAGGAAGGCUGUGGUUAUUUGUCUUCAGCUCUGAGUUCAAACCCCUCACACCUGAGAGAGCUGGAUCUGAGCUACAAUCACCCAGGACCAUCAGGAGUCCAGCUGCUCAAACACAGACUGGAGGAUCCAAAUAAACUGAAGAUACUCCGUUUUGACUAUGGAGCCCCUUUGAGAAUCAUCCCAGGACUGAGAAAAUAUGCCUGUGAUCUCACACUGGAUCCAAACACAGCACACACUCGACUCAUCCUGUCUGAGGACAACAGAAAGGCAAGACAUGACAAAGAGCCACAGGGGUAUCCUGAUCCUCCAGAUCAUCCAGAGAGAUUUGAGCAGCAUGAGCAGGUUCUGUGUAGAGAGAGUCUGUCUGGACGCUGUUACUGGGAGGUUGAAUGGAGUGGAUGGGCUUAUAUAGCAGUAACAUAUAAAGCAAUCAUCAGGAAAGGAGGAAGUGAAUCUUGGUUUGGAUACAAUGACAAAUCCUGGAGUUUGUACUGCACCGAUGACAGAUAUUCUGCCUGGCAUGAUAAUAAGAAAACUGACAUACCAGCCCCUUCAUCCUCUACUAGAGUAGGAGUGUAUCUGGACGUGUCGGCCGGCUCUCUCUCGUACUUCAGUGUCUCUGACACACACACACUCACACACUUACACACAUUCAACACCACAUUCACUGAACCCCUCUAUGCUGGAUUCAGGGUGUUUCAAUCCUCGUUGUCUCUAUGUCAGAUUAAAUAAUCUGCUGUGAGAAACAAUUUAGACAUCAUAAACAAAUGGUCUAUUUUUUCAAGCAGACAGAAACUUACAUUUUUCCUCUUUUCUUACAUAAAUUACAAACAUUAGACCCCCAUGAAAUCAAAAUAAAAAGUUUUGAUGCUUUUAGUGUUUUUGCCUUUAACGCAUUUACGUGCUAGUGUACGGCUAAACAUUGAGCAAAUCUAUUUUCCCAUGUUACAGUAUAUGCAUUUAAAAGUACUGUACAACACAAUUGGAAAUAAGAGAGUUGGUGUGUGUGUGCACAUCUUAUGACUUUGUGUGUGCAAAGAGACAUCCAUAUUGUUCUCUGUAUUGAUGGUGAAUUGUACAGAUCGCUGGCUACUUCAAUGUCAAGAUUACAGAUGAUCGUAAAUCCAGAGGUAGUGAGAGAAGAAAUGCUGUAGGAAGUUGUUUUUUUUUUGUUGUUGUUUUUUCUGAUGCUGGGAUUGAUUCCCUUUUUGUAGGAUUUGUUAUCCUCUUUCCAUUUGCGUCAGGAUUGUCAGAAACUGCUACUGUUAUAAUAUGCUAUUGUUGCAUACUGUUUUAUAAUGUACUACAAUACUGAUCAGGUAUUUGCAAUAAGUAUUAUACAUAGCAGAAAAUACUGCUGUUUUAAAAUUGUGUAAAUUGCUAAAAGAAUAUGCUAUUUUCACUUAGUUUAACACAGUCAAAAUGAAUUACAAAAUAUUAAUGAAUAAUCAAACUUCAUAAUGUUGCAGCAGUGAAAGUAACUUUUAAGGAUCAAUUCAGGUAAAAUAUCUAUUUAAUGGAACAGCACACUAAUGUAGCACUGGCUCACUGGUUUUCUCAGUUAUAUUUUCACCUGGUGAAUCACAUCCACUGUCUGUCAGUAAUGUGUUUAUAGUUUAGAUUUACAGAAUUUACAGACGUACGGCACAUGCUGCCUUUACACUCAAACCUUUCUUUUGCAAGAUGUCAUUUUCAUACACGUUUUGAUACUAACUGUGAAUUGCUUCACACUACUUUUGUGAGAGAUCAGUACAGUCCCUCAUAGUUAGCCAUUAUUUUGUCAUGGUGCGCAGAAAAACAAAAACAAAGAAAAGCUGCUUGAGUGCCAAAAUUCUUCUCUUUAAUCUUUUUUUUAUUUUUAUUUUUUAAGCAUUUGGAGCAUUAAAGUUAUUUCUUAAUGCAUAUAUAUCCCAAUAUGGAUUAUAUGUUGGCAAAAAUGUAUGUUUGACAGUGCAUGAAUAUGUUCAGAAUAAACAAAUCCAUAUCAACAGA